ACCACGAAGAUGAAGAGUUUCCUCAUGAUGAAUGUGCUCUUUGGAGCACUGCCCUGUGUGCUGUUGAACCUUCUGCAAGACAUGAAUUCAGGCAACGAUUAUGAUGAUGAUGAUGAAACAUCAGUCCCACCAUCACCACCAAACAUCCCACCAGAAAAUCCAUCAAGAGACCUGUGCAAAGAUCCCCUGACCUUUGAUGCUGUCACCAGUCUCCGAGGGGAAAAAUUCUUCUUCAAACACAGCUUGUACUUGCGGAAAAGUCCUUUCAGGAAGGAAAUUAAAAAUGUGCCAAUUUCCACCUUUUGGCCAACUUUGGAGUCUGGCAUGGAUGCUGCCUAUGAAGUUGAAAACCUCGUUUAUUUUAUUAAAGGGGAGAACUAUUGGGCUUUCUAUGCCAACAUUGAGGAGCCGGGUUACCCAAAGAGUAUCCACAGCUUGGGCUUCCCAGAAUAUGUUAAGAAAAUUGAUGCUGCUGUUUAUGAGGAAAACUCAAGGAAAAUCUACUUCUUUUCAGGCAACAAAUACUGGACGUACGAUGAAGCUGCAAAUGUAAUGGAGCAGGGUCCGAAACUGAUAGAGACUGACUUCCCUGGGAUCGGGACUCAGUUAGAUGCUGCUUUUGAGCAUGCAGGAAAACUUUACUUUUUCUCUGGUCCAGAGAAUGUUGAGUUUGAUAUCAAGCACAAGAGAGUUACUAAGAAAAUGAAGAACAACGUCUGGUUUGGCUGUGUCUGAGAUGAUGUGGAGAACAAAUGAAAGCAUCAACAGCGUCUCUGCUCCACCAUGUGUCAAGCACUGGCUGCCUUGUUCUCCGCUGGCAUUGCUGGGUCCCAUCUGGCUAAUUUUUUAAUCUUUGGCUAAUUAAAAAAUUACACAUUAAAGGUAGAGGUAAAGGUUUCCCCUUGACAUUAAGUCCAGUCAUGCCUGACUCUAGGGGGUGGUGCUCAUCUCUGUUUCCUA